CUCUGUGUCUUCCUCUGUCUACGUUAGUAUGAUGAUAGUACGUUGGUUUUAAAGGUUUCCAGUCUUCAGUACAAACGGCUUCCUGCUGGUCUUUAGCUGUGAGUUUGCUUGUUGCAGGCAGAGAGGCUUUGUGAACCUUGAUAGCACUCCGUGUUGACAGCUGGAAGCAGUCUUAACAUAAAUGACGAAGCUUUGAGAUUCACCUGACGGCACAAGUUUCUCCUCCUCAGUCCAGUUUGGCCACUGAUUCCUCUGAUUUCCAGCUGACAUUCUUAAUAACAGCAUCAUAAAAACACCACCAUCAAGAACACUUUGGAUCAGAGUCAAGCUCUGAUUUAGCAGUCGAACCAAAUGGACACGGACAGAAGUCCCAUUGAAGAGGAGCCAUACCAUUGUGACCAAUGUGGGAAAACUUUCUUUUUGAAAUCUAGUUACAAACAACAUAUGCGUACUCACACCGGUGAGAAGCCAUAUCGUUGUGACCUGUGUGGGAACAGAUUCCCUUAUUUAAGUAGUUAUAAAAAACACCUACGUAUCCACACUGGAGAGAGACCAUACCAGUGUGAACAAUGUGGGAAGAGGUUCCGCUGCUCUGAUGAAAUGAAGCUGCACCAACGUACCCAUACUGGAGAAAAACCAUACAGCUGUGACCAGUGUGCUAAGAGUUUCAGUCGGCGUAGUUACUACAUUGAUCAUCUUCGUAUCCACACUGGAGUUAAACCAUACUGCUGUGACCAAUGUGGGAAAAGCUUCAGUCGUUCUUAUACUUAUAGACAACACAUGCGCAUCCACACUGGAGAGAAACCAUACUGGUGUGACCAAUGUGGGAAGACUUUUAGAAGUUCAAGUAAUUACGCCCAACACGUGCUUGUUCACUCUGGAGAGAAACUGUAUUGCUGUGAGCAAUGUGGGAAAUGUUUCUAUUAUUCAAGUAGUUACAAACAACACCUGCAUGUUCACUCUGGAGAGCUUCCAUACUGCUGUGAGCAAUGCGGGAAAAGUUUCAGUCAGUCAAAGAGUUACAACCAACACCUACGGAUUCACUCUGGAGAGACACGAUAUUGCUGUGACCAAUGUGGGAAAAGUUUUUAUUAUUUAAGUAGUUACAACCAACACCUGCUUGUACACUCUGGAGAGAGAGCGUUCUGCUGUGACCAAUGUGGGAAAAGUUUCUAUCAUUUAGGUACUUUCAAACGACACCUGCGAGUCCACACUGGAGAGAAACUGUAUAGCUGUUCACAGUGUAAGAAGUCAUAUGCUUGGCUGAAGUCAUUGAAGAACCACCGCUGCAGCAGCAAAACAAAUGAAAAGAGUACUGACUGUUUGUAGGAAGGGAAAAAAAUGUGUUUUGAUUUUAAUGUCGUAAUCAUUACAUUUCACAUUGAUUUCAUUCCAUAUAUGGUCAGUAUUUUUUCAGCAAUAGCUAUUCAAUGUAUUUGCAUUCCGUUACGUAUUUCUCAAUAUUUGUUGGCAGAGUUUGUUCAACUCGCCCACCUACGUGUGAUGGAUCUAGUGAUGCAUGUGUGUAAUCCAUUGUUUGUUUCGGAUGCAUUUCAUUCAUCUCACUCACUCUCUUAUAGACACAUCAGACCUGUAUUAACCCUUUCAUGCAUAGUGGUCACUACAGUGGACAGCUAUUCAAAAGCCGUUUUCUUAGAUAUGCAUGGGUUUUGAUGGUAUAGUUGCACAUCAGCCACCACAGUGGACUAUAGUGUGUCAUCCAAUGUUUGAAAAAAAAUUAAGUUCAAAUAUUUUUUUUCAUGCCCAAAGGAGAAUAAAAACACUUAGGAAAAAAAAUCCUGACUGAGGUUAUCAUAAUUCAUGCAUGAAAGGGUUAAAGCACAGGCCAAGGCUCGACUAUUUUCCAGCUGUUGACUUUAAGCUCCUUCUUCUGUUCAGUAUGUUGAAAAUCUGGACAACUUAUCUACAGAUGAGUCUGAGAUAUUGAGAUAUUGAUGAUUUUGCGUCUGUAUGGCUGAGGACCAAACUGACAAUUCAAUAAAGAACAAAAAAAGUGAUGACAUCAA